AUGCCCACCCCACCGCCGGCCGGAACCCGCGCUCACCGACGGCCCGAACGCGCCGCCCGCCCCGCCCCGUCCCGCACCUCGGCCUGCGGCCCGCGGCUGCGCGGCUCGCCAGGCUGCAACUUCGCCGAAAUCAGCACCCAGGUCCUGGCCGGCGUCCGUCCGGAGGCUGUCCACGACCUGGGGCCCCUGGGCGGGCUGCUGGCCGCCGCCUGGGACCCGGCCCAUGGGGCCCGGCCGACGGCCGCGGCCUUCCUCCACUGGUGCAUCGCCGGCGGCCCGGGCGCCACCGCCAGUAGCCCGUGA